AUGGAGACGGCUGUCCCUUUUCUCAUGGAGAAGGUGAAACUCAGCCGACUCGCCUACAGAAUGACCAAAAGGCUAUAUGUUGGAACGAAAGUACGCCCACGAAAAGAACGACACCUUCAGGCUAAGAGCUGCCAGCUAACAAGUCUUUCCAGAUCUACAAGUCUUCAAGCCUAUUUCACUCUCGGUUCGCCGACGGGUGAGGGCGGCGGAAUAAGGAAAAGAUUUUCGCAACGGCGAAUGGCUGGAAAAGACAAUGAGCUACAUCUGUUAGAGAAUCUCAAGCACAAGCCCGGUCCGGAGGAUUUCCAGCUUCGGUCGCCACGUCUGCCGAUGCCAGAGUUCAAGCCUACAAACAGUGAAGGACCGGAGCUCAGUCAAGCCGAAUUGGAAAGCUUGAUGGCAGUCUACGAUCGUCCGCUGGACGAUUAUCUUGAGAUGUUUAUACAGUUUGGCUACGUUCUCCUGUUCUCUCCGGCAUUUCCACUUGCCGCUCUGUGCGCCGUGGUGAAUAAUGUGGUAGAAAUCCGAGUGGACGCUUUCAAACUCUGCAAUACCGUUCAGCGGCCAUUUGGACGGCAAGUAAAGGACAUCGGAGCCUGGCAGAAAGCUAUGGAGCUUCUUGGAAUGGUUGGUGUGAUGGUGAACUGCGCCCUCAUUGGUCAAUCAGGACUGGUGCAACGAAUAUGGCCAGGCUUGAGUUGGGGUGGACAGAUUUUGAUCGUGGUUGUUUUGGAGCACAUCAUCCUUGCGUCGAAGAUCUUCAUCGACUUGGCUGUGCCUGAUGUGCCUUACUGGAUUCGGAUAGAAACUGCCAAACAGGAGCACUAUCGCCGAGAAGCUUUCAAGCGUGAGUCCAGAAUGUUGUCCUCAGCGCGGACAAGCGGUGACUCUUCACCAGGCAGUGAAGCUUCAUUCGACUAUCGGCAUCGCUCACUGGCAGAAAACCGUCUUCAACGAAGGAGCAUGACACCUGGUGCUCGAACGAAUGUAAUUAAACGGGAUAGUCGCGAGAAUAACUGUAUUGACAACUGA